UUCCGUUCAUUCUUCUUACUUCUCUGAACGUUACCAGUUGGGUUUAUAGAAAUGUUCGCAAUCUCGUGCCUUUUUGUAAUAAUUAUGUUUGAAUCGAGUACCAGUUGGGUCAUUAAUGAUGUGAAUCUAUCGAGUUUGCGGGAAAGAGGUCUGAUAGAAGAUAGCGACGAAGUGAAUAUCGAAGAGAGAUUCAGUCUUAUUUAUCCAGGUACAAAAUGGUGCGGCGCAGGAAACAUAGCGGAUGGAUACGACGACUUGGGACCUUCUAGGGAGACGGACAUGUGUUGUCGAGACCACGAUAACUGCCCCGAUUAUAUAGCAGCUGGCGAGACCAAGCACAACCUAACUAACAACGCGUUCUACACUCGAUUAAACUGCGAAUGCGACGAGAAGUUCCGGCUGUGCCUGCGCGCGGCCGCAGCCAACAAGAGCAAGGUCGCCAAGCAGAUCGGAACUGUCUACUUCAACGCGUUAGGGACAGAGUGCUACCGGGAGGACUACCCUGUCGUCGGCUGCGUUAAGAAAGGAGGAUGGUUCAACCGAAAAUGCCUGGAGCCCAAAUAUGACAAGAACGGUGAGCGGCGGUACCAGUGGUUUGAUGUGCCAAAUUAUUGAUCUAAGUAGUGUUAUUUGUACCUAAUAAUUUAUUUUUGUUUAUAAGUGUGUAGUUUUAAGUAAAAGUAUAAGUAAUCUAAGAAAAUAAAAAUAAUAUUAAAAUUA